GGUCUUCAGUCCCACCCCUCACCUCUCUCUCUCUCUCUCUCUCUUUCUCUCUCUCUCUCUGUGCCUGGGAAGAGCAGGGGACUGCCCUGAGUACCUCUAUCUUCGAGCAAAAUGGUAUCUUUGGUGUCCCUUCUUUAAUCCAGGUGGAAAGAUCAGUGCUUUGAGGCUGUGGGGUGAGAAGAGGUCUUCUAUAAAGAUGGGUUCUUGCGUUUCGGUUCAGAAGAAUACGGACUCCGCCAUGGGAUUUCGACUGGGUUUAGGCUCUAAGGCCAAGAGGUUCUUCAUUCCCUCCCCUGCUAAAGAGAAGCCUUUGAAUGGGCAGAGCCCAGUUGGUGGAUUUGAUUUCAAGAGCAAGGUGGUGGACUCCGGAUUAGGACUUAGAAGCACGGAGUUUGGUAGCAGAGAGGAGAUCUUCUUUGAUUCACGAGGAUGGUUAGAAUCUGACUGUGAAGAUGAUUUCUAUAGCGUCAAUGGAGAAUUUACUCCAUCUCGUGGCAGUACUCCAAAUUACCAGACAAGCACAGCCGCAACAACUCGGCUGAACAAUGCUUUCUUUGCGGACAAAUUUCCUGACUCCAAAUCAGAACCUUCUCCAACUGGUAGAAGAAAAUUGGCCGACCUUCUUCAAGAAACAUCAAAUGGCGAAAAGGAUGUCGAGCAAAAUGCUUCUGAAAAGAAAAUAGAAAUGAAUGGAAAGCCUGAUGGUUACAAAAUCAACUUUCACCAACCUCCAAAAUCAUUAGAUGGAACUCCCUACACUGGUGUCAAUUCUGUAUACAGCAAUGAGGCCACUGCAACUAGAGACUCCAAGAACAGAAAGGAGAGGACAUGGAGAAAUGCACAUUGUUGCUUGCCAAGCUUGGUACAGACUUCUAGCUUUGAUGAGACUCAUGAGAGGCAGAAGAUGAGCCCAGGACCCUGCACUGCCUGACGACACUAUCACCCUAUGAGAUGACUUCGGCCUUCACUAGUCUACCUUUAGAUUGCUUCAACUUGAGCAACACUAUUAGGACGUCCACUCUGUAUCUUAGUGUUCCUAUAGAACCAGAAUAUUAGCUGUCACACGUCGGAAAUUUGUAUAAAGAGAGAGAAUGGCGGAUGUCUCUUUAUGUUAAUAGUCAUCAAGUGCACUCUUCAUCAUUCAUGAACAUGCAUCUCUCAAGCAUCUCUCAUGUAGUACAGGUAAUAUCAAUGAUCAGAAAAUUCUUGUAGUGGGGAAAGAUGGAGGAGAACUAAUGAGCAUGCAAACUUGAUCAUCCUUAAUAUUUGUACCUUAAACUCGAUAAUCCUAAAGGAAAAAUGUUCUCAGAGUUUUUUAAGAUAAA